CAAUCGUGCACACACUCCUGCCUCCUGUCGUGCUCCAACCAACCAACAACAACAAUGGCUGAUGAUGUUGGCUGCUGUGGCUCGGGCGAAGACACGCCCAUGACGUUCAAGGAAGGAGAGGUGGUGAAGCGACUGGAGCCAUGGGUGGCGGAGGAGCCGCUGCAGCUGACCACGGCGCAGCUCAAGUACGAUGAAGCCCAGGCCAAGCUCGCAGGAAACAAAACGCCUGCUGCGGAGGACCAGGUGCUGUAUUGGGGCGAGCGAGACGACCAGGAUCGACCACACGGGUUUGGCCGCUGCCUGUUUCUUGGCACCCUGGACGCCUACAGCGGCGAGUGGCGGCACGGCCAGUUCUGUGGCCUUGGCCUCUACCGGUACAACAACCACAACCGCUCCACCUACGCCGGCUACUUUGGCAAGGGCAAGCCGCACGGCCUCGGCUGCUUCAUGAACAUGGGCCGCAACGAAUCCUCCAUCCACUCAUCGUCCCUCGAGCAAGCCACCUCAGACCUCCAAAGCACCGGCGGUCACUUGAAGCUGGAGCGACUCGACUUUGAAACAAAACGCGUGCUCGCCGGCAGAUUCCACAAAGGCGCGUUUGCGGUACACGAGCAAGAGCCGUCUGCGUACUCGACGGCGCUCAAGGUGCAGCGUGACGCCAUCCAGCUAGAGACGUGGAUCAACCAGGCACUUGGGGGCACUGAUGAGGAGGAGGAGCAAGACAACGCAAAGACGCGCGCAAACCCGCGCCCAAAGCACGACCCCACCAUGCCCGACUACUUUGACGGCACGUCGCAUAUGGACAUGGCACACCUCACCCCCGGCGAGACUUCCCAGCUGCUGCGGCUGCUGCACCGCUGUGCCGUGUGCUGCAACCUGGGCUUCUAUGGCCCGGAGAAGCGCGAAGAGAUUACGCGCGGCAAGACAUAUCGCCAGUGGUUCAACCGCGGGUUUGAGCUCGUGCAGUCCCUACCAGCCGUGCUCAGCAGCAACGGGACGGGUCUGGAGCUGGACACCAGCGCGUAUGUUGGUGGUGGCGCCCACUCCUCCUCAUCACGCGGUGGCAGCGGCGGUCGAAAGGGGCGAACGCGCCAUGCCCUCGACAGCACAAGCAGCUACUCUGGGCAGCACGACAGCACAUCUGCUUCAUCCGCCACCCACACAGGCACAACAGGCAGCGGUACGGGCACGGGCACGAGCACUGCCAGCACGGCCACGGGAGCAUCAUCGUCAUUAUCGUCGUCGUCGGCAGCGCCAACGCUCGGCGCACGUGUCAGCAGCGUCUCCAUGCACGUGGAGGACGCGCAGGGCCUGCCCGUGAUGCUGUGCAUGCGCGAUGCAUACCGGUACAAGGUGACACCCGCUGGCGCGGAGCUUCGUGACCCAUACAUUGGCGCCGAACGCUUCAUCAUCACCUUCCUCUCCCCGCCGCUGGGCCAGGACGUGAGCGAGCACGCCCUGCGCCAGCGCGCGUCCCUUGUCAGUGUAGACUUUGUGCUCAAGCUGCUUGGUGCGCAGGUGCAGGUGGUGGUGACUGGGCACAGCUAUGGCGGGCUCAUGGCACGCAUCUUCACCGAGCGCGUGCUGGAUGCCCUUGAGCCGUCGCCCGAGUACGUGGCGAGCGUGACUGCCAAGACGUCGCUGGGCCUGUUUGGCGGCAUGUUUGCAGGCAAGCGGCAGCAGGGGGACGAGCACGAUGACGACGCGCAGGGCGUGCCCACGUCCACGACUGCAGGGCUGUCGUCAUCAUCAUCACCAACAGCGCCUUUGACUGGUGCGGCCCGGCGCCGCGACUCAAACCGCACCUCAAACCGCAGCUCGCAGCGCUACAGCGCGGUGGCGGGCCAGCGUGAUGGCGCCACAACAGCUGCUGGGACAGAUGGAUCGACAACAGGAACAGGUUCAGCAGCAACCGGCAACACCAGUGGCGGUGCAGGGACGACAACAGGGUCCACCGCCACGACAACAUCGUCAGCAAAUGGCGGUGGUGAUGACGAGCAUGGCAGCGAAGAAGCGCGUGCUGGCGAGCUGCCGGAGCAUCUGAAACUGGCACAGGGCUUGUAUUGCGUCACGUUUGGGGCACCCCCACUGCCGACGCGCCGCAAGACGCUGCGCACAGACUGGAUGCUGUGGGCGCGGGCGCACGUGCACCAGGUGUACAGCACGCAAGACCGCGUGCCGUACAUUGCGUGCGCGGUGGCGCGGCGUGAGAGCUCCCAGCGCAAACUGCACAGGGUGCUGUGCCAACACCGCGCCGUCGCUGCCCAGUGGGACGUGCAGGAGUACCUGGAUGAGCUUGAUGUGCGGCGGUAUCGUGAGCCCGUGCAUGUGCACCAGCAGACGCUGCGCGAGGUUACAAACACGGUCAAAGCUGGGCUGAUGGGCGUCAGCGUGUGGAUCCUGGAUGAGGAGGACAGUAGCGGGGACGGGGUCUUGCAGCUGGGCACCCCAGCCAAGCUGGAAAGCAUUUGGGCGCGAACAGGCAGCAGCGUCAGCACCAAGAUCACCCGCAUCUUCUCCCGCAAGAAGGACAUUGACAUGUACCUGAAAAUCUGUUCUAGUCUGCAGUACCACAGCAUCGCCACGUACGCCGAGCACAUUGGCAACGAGGUGCAGCUGCGCCAAGCCAUGACCCCAACACCACCCACAGCCGGCAAGACGCGCUUGCUUGCAGGCAACGGCCCAGCAGCUGCUGCUGCCACCGCCACCGCUACCGCCACUGGCAAGAAGCAGGAAGACGGUGGUGGUGACGGCAGCGAGAACACACCAGGUGCAGCCACCACAGCCACAGAGGCGACGACGGCGACAACCAGCGCACUGGCGCCACCACCACGAAGUGCAAGCGUGACGAGCGGGGCCGGAACAGACGCUGCUGAUGAGUCAUGGCGACCGCGACCAGGCCUGGACGUGGAGAUCACGAAGAAGGUCGUGCACCUCAAGGACCGCACGCUGCACCUGUGCCUGUACGGGUGGAACCUCUCGCACAUCCGCCGCAUUGAUGUGCUGACGCCGCAGCACGGCACAAGACGCGACCACCACGGCCGGCACAGCGAGCACGCGGCACAGCACCAGCAGCAAGGGGACGCCACGGGCAGCAGCGGCGUCGGUUCUGGCAGCGGCAACGGUGGCGGUGGCGAGCACGAUGGCGUGUCCAUGCAAGACCGCCACAACCACCACCGCAAGAAGGGCAGCGAUGGCGGUGGUGGCGGUGGUGGCGGUUACGACCACGGUGACAGCGGCAGCGGUGCGCAGCACGUCAUCUGUUUCCGUGAGUUUGGCGCUGACGACGAUGGCAAUGCCCGCGAGUCCAUGGUGGGCGGUGGCGAUGGACAGGUGGCCCAGCAGUCCGCCCAACACUCCCACCAAUCGCCGCAGCAGAAUCGCUCCUCCCGGUCCGCAGGGACACUGCCCGGUGCAAAAGUGCUGACGAAGCAAUCAUCAACAGCGGGAACGCAGCACCAGAAGCAGCAGCAGGAAGGACAGGCAGACAAGGACAGCGAGGGCGACAUUGUCCUUGUGGAUGUGUAUCGCGAUGAGUCACAACUAGACAUUGAUAUGGAGCUCAACUACAGCAGCCAGGCCAGCUCCAUCCUAGGCAUUCAGGCGUUUGGCGCGUCCGUUGCCUGCAAGCUCACGGACAAGGUCGUUGACCUCCGCAUCACGUCCGUGUUCAGCGUGCAGGUCAUCCCCAUCACCGCCGACGAGCUGACGUCCAACUCAGAGAAGGUGAAGCUGUCGGAGUUCUUCUACCUGAAACCCUCGGACGAACUUGCACGCAUGCUGUUUCUGCGCAUGGUACUACUGCGCCAGGCCCACCUGCGCCACAAACGGCUUGUUGCCGAGACGGAGGCGAAAGAGAAGGAGAAGGAACGCGACGCGCAGGCCACCGCAAACACGAACGCUACGGCCGCAACACAGGGCAGUGGUGAUGGUAAUGGUAGUGGCGGCGGCGGUGGUGAGGAGAAGAAGCAGACGACGAACAAGAGCAAGAAGAGCAAAGACACCGGAGGUGGUGGCGAUGGCGGCAUGCUUGCUCGGGUCGGCGCAAGCGAGUGGAACGACUUCUGGACGCGCGUGGAGGAGGUCAUUGAGCACGACGCCAUGUUCAUUGAUGAAGCGCGCUCCUACAACUCGCUGCUCAGCAUCCUGUACCGCUGGGAGCACUGGGACACGACGAAGGCGCUUGUGGACGAUGAGACAGAACUGAGUGGCCAGGGCGUGUCGAGCGGGCACGAGACGCACCACGUGCUGCGGCGGCGCUGGGAGCUGCAGAACCGCGCACGCGAGUACUGGCGCAUCGUCGCCAGCACAUAUCGCGUGUCCGUGCAGCACCAGAACGCCACCCCAGACAGCAUCACGCUUCGUGAACAGUACAAGGACGUCAACCGUGUCAAGCUGAAGAACCUCUAUCUCAGCGCGAAGCAGUGCGAACUGCUGCACAGUCUGCUUGCAACGGCGUGGCCAGACCACGUGGACAACAUUCUCCUGCCGGCCCCGCGCGGGUCUGAGGAUGAGAUGCAGCCCCCUAUGGAGUAUCUCUUUGGCGAACUUGGCAGCUACGCCUUUGAUGCCGGCGCAGACAAGCGCGCGUCUCUGAUGAGUGCGAUUGAGAAGAUGAAGGAGGUGGAUGACCGGACCCUCAAGACGAACGAGCCGCACAUGAUGAAUCUUCUCUAUGAAAUGGAGGACCUCGUGGACCUCUUCAGCACUUUCUUCGAUGGGCGCAUUAUUCUGCACGAGACGCGGCGUGGCGGCAGCAGGAACACGGACACGAUGCUCACUGCGCUCGCCGAGUGGCCCACCAACGCCUUCCUCUCCGUCGUGCGCGUGAUGGCUGGCCUCAUGCCAUCGGAGGCAGAGGAGGAGAUGCCUGCGUACCACGUGGGCGCUCGCCACGGCACGCAGAUGGCGCUCCCCUCCUCCAAAACAGGGUUUGCAAAGAAGUGUGCUGCUCGACUGCACUUUCGCAAACGCCGCCGCCGCUUCGCCGCCAUCAGCGACAUUGGCGAGCGUGAGCUUGGUCCGCUGACGACAAAACUGACGCUCCUGAGCCGCUUCCUUCCGGAUACAGAAGACAACCGCGUGCGAAAGCCGGAGGAUGUGGCUGAGGAGCUGCUGGAGGCGAUGACGAUCAGCGACGUCGACAAACCGAAGCAGCGCGCACACGGCGUCGACGAGAAAUAUAUCGACUACGAAGGCCUGUUGUUCGCCCUUGAUCCACAAAAUGACCUUGGAAACUUCAAGUCUGAGGGCUGCCGCCGCGUGUGCGAGUCCUUCCGGAAGAAACUUCCUGAAGCCGGGAUCCUACCGGCCCAGCGGUCCAACAGCAAGUGCAAGGCGUACAUGGACAACUCCUUCAGCUACAACACCAUUUGCCAGUGGAUUCGUGGCGUGACUGGCAUCCGCCGUCCGCUGAGCCUGAGCCUGACAAAGCUGCCCAUCAUUGCUGUUGUUGGUCCGCAGCAGGCUGGCAAGUCCACCAUCCUCAAGCAACUUGGCUUUGAGGCGCAGAUCUACCACUACUCAGGCAGCACCAAAGUCUUUGAUGCGUUUCCGCUCGGCACGUGUGGCGCCUUCAUUGUCGACUGCUUUGGCCGCAACGAAGCCCUGGAGAGAGACCAUCAUCAGCUCAACGAGCGCGCGCGUCAGGGCCAGUUUGACAAGUUCAUCAACACUACGCAGGCGCAGGAUAGUCACUACGUCUUCCGUCGUGCCGUCGACAUGUAUCUCCCAUCCCUUCUCCGCCUUGCACAAUACAUUGUUGUUGCACUCCCGGCCACGGAUGGCUUCCGAGAUUGGAACACUGGCUUUGAACAGAUGGCGCUGUUGUUGCAGCACUCGAGCGCGCCCGUGUGCUUCCUCAACACCAAGUUUGACCUUGCCCUCGACGAAGGCUUUGCGCAGUUCAGCAACAGGGACCAAUGCUACGAGAAGUGUGCCAGCAUCCUCAGCGCACGCUACCGCAAUUUCGCCAAACGCCUCCCAGGCCGUGACAUGAUGGCCCGCCUCUUCUUCCGCAAGCAGGAGAGCAACCUGGACGUGAUGCGUGAGGCCGAGGACCACCCUGCCCUGCGCCACAUUCUCUGGUCACAGGACGAUCUCCGCAUCCACCUCCGCAGCAUCUGCGUAACGCAUUUGAACCUUGACCCGGAGCUUGUGGACCUUGGCCUCGGCAUGGACUCUGCUGAGUUCCGGUCGACGAACAUCUCGCUGCCAGCCAUGCACUCCCUGAGCGUGGGAGCAGGGAGCACAGGGCACAGCCGCGCGGACAGCAGUGGUGCUGGUGAUGGUGCUGGCAAUGGCAAUGGCGUGAAGAACUUGAACGUGGAUGGUGAGCAGCAGGAGCCAGCCUCGCACGUGUGAUGUGUGGAUGGGCACGUGUGUAUGUGUGUAUGUGUGUAUGUGUAUAUGUGCGUUUCAGUGGUGCCACUCGUUACUCCCAGCAGCCGUUGCCUCGUUCUCCAGCAAGUGCAACUGUGUUGUAGUCAGCCCCCUCAAUGAAUGAAUGUGAAUGCUGCAA